AUUUUAGUUUGUACUGUUAUCGCUAGUAUUUUCAAACUUUCAAAGUCAAACACGAACACGAACACAAAGCACCAAGCACCAACAGCAAUAGUAACAACAAUACGCUUAGCCCAGCACAGCCUUAAUCGUUCAACAUGUCUACUUCAUGGCCUACUUCCCUAAGCUCUCAUCCCAUCUUCAGAAAAUCUGACAAGAGCCUCCUGUAUACUGCAAAUAUUCUAGCAACUGAUGUUCCAAAACAAUCGCUCAUUGCAGUGAUCUUCGAUAUAUACUUGCUAGUAGCCGUGUCAAAUGAGAUUAGAAUCUUGAAUCUCUACAAAUUUAACAAACAACAAGAAACAGCCGAAGAACCUAUUAAAUACAAUGUGGUGUCUUUGCCUUUAAUUGAUUUUGAGAUUGUUCAAAUUCUUCCUUGUUCAGAAACAGGUGUUCUGGUUGUAGCAGGAGAGUACAAACUAGCCGCUGUUCAACUGCAGAAGGCUAUUCUCGACCAAGAUAAAGACCAUACAGAUCCAUUCACCUGCUUUAUUGGACAGCCCACUUACUACACUGGCUUCAAUAAUGUGCGCAUCAUCAAAAUGGAGUGGCAUCCCUUGAGUACUACAUCUUUACAUCUCAUGAUUCUUGACAAUCAAAAUAUAUUGAGAAUGUUUGACAUUGGCACAAAUCUCAAUGAACCAGAACAAACGUUUGAUCUCUCUCCUCCAAAUACUUCCAGCAAAAGUCUUGUCUCGGAUUUCAAAAAAAAUAUGCGGGUUACUUCAUUCACAACCGGAGGUGAAAGUAGUGCUAGUAAACAGUGGGAGCCUCUUACUGUUUUCUACACUCUAGACAAUGGGCACAUAUAUGCCUUAUGUCCAGUCUUACCAAACCAUAGUAAAAUAAAGGCUAGAAACUGGCUGCGUAUCUUGGAUCUCACAGAAACAAAGCUAAUGAACAAUAAAAAAGAAGCUUUUCUGCUUACAGAAUCUUUCUACAUAAAAGAAAAUCUUAUUAGACUCCAAUUAGAAUGGUUGCAGCGUUAUACCUUGCCUUGUUCCUUGUAUGAUUUGGAAGACAACGACAUAUACAUAAUCUAUGAUGCAGCAGCCGUGAAACAUGAAUUCAAACUACAAAAGCAAGGUCCUUUUGUUAUAACAGGAGCUACACGAGCUGCCUCACCUACAACUGAUAUAUUAUUUACCCACAAACCUGCUAUCAAUGUACUUGCGAUUGCCUAUGCUCAUGGUGCUGUGGGGGUUCACUUCCUAUCGAAAGAUAUAGAUGCUCAAUGGAAUUUUUCUGCAGAAAAUAUUAACACAUGCUCGCCAUAUAAAGUCCAGUCUAGACCCGAUCUAUUCUUUGCAAAAAAUCUACCAACAGCAACCCUUUAUGAAACCAUUCAUUUUGAGCCUACUUUUACUUCAAACGUCAAGCUUUCUGUACGACUUAUCAAAGAUCCCUUGUCUGUUUAUAAAAUAUAUUGUCAGCACAGUGGAGGCAUACAUGCACUCUCGUUCAAGCCAUGGAUGCACAAAAUACAGGAACUUGAUGAUCAGUACGAAGCGAAUGUUCUUAGAGAUGAAAUCAUGUCUUUGGUCGAAUCUUGGCCUGUAGAAGAGUACCCGACUAUAGUCAGCCGCCUCAUUUACAGUGGAGAUUCCAAAAGACGUGUUCCUAUGCUUGGAGCUGUCAUCACGACAAAAGCAAUCGGGUAUUCUUUGAUCGGGUAUUUCUGGGACAGCCGUUCCGCAGUUCUCCCCCUUACCGCAGCAACUGUACCUUCUACUGGCUUUGAAACCACAGAUGAAGACGAAAAUGAAGAUGAAAGCAAUCUUACCUAUGUCGCAGCAUUGACAAGUCAUCUCGAAAAUAUUAAGCUUUUCAAUAACCAAAACGAACUCAAUGAGAACUGCAGACUAGCCUUUCCGCUGUUCAGGAUUUCCGACGACUUGGCCGAUUGUCUUGCAUCUAACAUCCUGCCAAUAUAUGUUUUACCAAAAGACAUUGGUACAAGCAAACCCGAAUGUUAUCUUGACAAGUUAACCGCCAAUGCAGCCAAAACCUUGAGUGUUAUUCAAAAACUGGACAACACUGCAACAGAAAUCGAGAAAAGAGUUGCAGCUCAAAAACUCGUCUACGAAAAUCAAACAAAUACUUUGGAGAAACUAUCUUCAAAAUUAGACAAUAUUUUGUCUGUUGAAACCGUAAAAGUAUAUAGAGAAAAGCUUGAAAACGCAGUGAAAAAUUAUAGUCACCUGGUAGAGCGAGUAAAGACUUUGUCAAGAUCGAUGGCAGAUAUUCACAGCCCAGAUGUUACGGUUGAAGAGCUAGAGUUAUUUAAGCAAAUCUCAAUUUUGGAAUAUGAAAUUGAUAAACGGCAAAAUGAUAAAGACGAAUUCAAAAAGGCGAUCGCUAAACUCCACUGGAUUUACUCUGUCGAGUCGAAAAAGGCGUCAAAGUCAAAGGAAAGUCGUAAUUUAUGGUUUUCCUCAAAAAAUUGAAUUGAUGAGGUUAUUUUUUUUUUCUUUCAAGCCUUUGGAUUAUUAAUUUGACUCUAUAAAACACAACAAAAGAACAAAAAAAGCCUAAAAUACCUGUUUUUACGAUUUCAUUUAUCUUUUACCCUUUAUACUAUAUUCUAUUUUCUUAUAUAAAAUAAAUAUUAAGCCAAAAUUAUUAUAUAAGCAAGGCU